AUGUCCGCCCCCGACACAUACGCCAUCGCCAUCGCCACCCCACACCGAGGAGGAGAAGUCCCCAUUACCUUCCUCUGCGGACACACCUCCCAUAAAGGCAGAACUUAUGAGCAGGUUGUUCCGAGCCUGAGCCUGGGCGCCUCCAUCAUCUCCAAAGUCUUACCGGGUCUGGUAAUGGUACCACCUUAUCCAAAUGACAAUGCGCCGGUUCCGUGUAAGGUAUGUAGAGAGAAUAAGGUGUGGGAGUAUGACUGGAGGAGAAGGGUGUGGGUUAAGAAGGUGAAGAACGUGAAGAAGGUGAAGAAGGAUGUUUAA